GGGCGGUUUGAGUAGUUAUUCAAAAAACGGUAACGGUAUAUUUAUUUAAAAAACGUCAACACUCAUCGGCAGCACGAUUGCAACAGUGCCGACGGCUUUUGCCGAUAUAUAUUUAGUGUUCAUAAUUGAAGGACUUACCAAUAAAACAAGCUUAAAUUAAUUUAAAUAAAAUAAAUUGUUAGCAGAUAAUAUAAAAAAUGUACUUGCUGCUAAUAAUUUCUUGGGCAAUAUUUGUAUUUGGUGCGCUUUGUGAAGCCUACAUUAGCAAAUAUGAGCAGAUGCUGCAGCUAUUUCCUAAGCCCUCGUAUGCAGAAUCCAAGACUUGGCGCAACGGUAGCAUUAAGAAAUUCGACGAUCACCCUUGUAGACGCACGUGCCGCGCGGAUCAGUCAAUGACAUGCUAUUACUAUUUCGUCGUACACUACGAUGAUACCUUUAAUCCGAGCUGUGAGCGUUAUCUCGAUCAACGUUAUCGCUUUAAGGUAGGUGGGCGUGAGUAUAUCGACCCAUUUGCAGUGCGAAAUUUUGACGGCUUCGACGAUUGCAAAUAUGCGGAUGGCGUGAAGAUGGCAGUUAUGGUUGUUAAUGGGCAAUUACCGGGCCAAACGAUUGAAGUGUGUCAAGGUGACACGAUUGUCGUAGAUGUUAUCAAUAGCAUGCAUGACAUCACAACUAUACACUGGCAUGGCUUACAUCAGCGGCAGACACCGCAUAUGGAUGGUGUGCCAUAUAUUACACAGUAUCCAAUUGAACCCGGUCAAGCAUUUCGUUAUCGCUUCGAGGUGGAUCAUAUCGGCACACAUUGGUGGCAUAGUCAUGUGGGUCAUCAACGUGGUUUCGGCAUAGCCGGCGCGUUGGUGGUAAGACAACCGAAAGAGGAAGAUCAGCACGCGUCUCUCUAUGAUUUGGACUUCUCCGAACACACAAUUAUGCUGCAGGAUUGGAUGUACGAUAAGGAUGGUUCAGUGCCGCAGAGUAUACUAAUCGAUGGUGUUGGACGCAAGGUGCCGCCAGCAGAUGGCAGCAAACGCAAAAAGAGGACGCCAACGCUCUACUCGACCUAUUCCGUUGUGCGGGGUGGCAGAUAUCGUUUCCGCGUAAUCUUCAACGGUAUAGCUAAUUGUCCGAUAAGCAUGAGCAUUGAUAAUCAUGAACUCGUCGUCAUUGCCAGCGACGGCAAUGACAUUGUACCCGUUAAGGUGAGCAAGAUCACAUUGCAUGGCGGCGAACGGUUCGACUUUAUCUUGCACGCCAACCAAGAAAUCGAAAACUAUUGGAUACGUGUUAAGGGUUACAACUUCUGCAAAAUGAAUAAGUUACAUCAGGAGGCCGUACUGCAUUACGAGGGCGCCAAACGACGUGCGUUACCCAAAGGCAAGGUGUUUUAUGAUUACGAACCGAACGGUAAGGAACUCAAUACCGUCGACAAACCACCCAACAAUGACGGCAAUCUAAUCACAAUUGUCGACUUGAAAGCAUUGGAGAAACGCUCGGUAGCCGCGGCUGUGCCACAACACACCUUUUACACCAGCAUGACUGUGCGCACCAAAAAUCAGUUCCUCUUUCAGAUGGACGAUAUUACUUUUACAAUGCCUUCACGCGUCUCUCUGCUACAGACACGCAAUCUCGGUAUUGGCCAAUUCCUCUGCAAUAAAACACAGCAGGCUGCAAUGGGCCUGAAUUGUCGCAGUCGUCAUUGCAAAUGUGCGAAUGUGAUUGAGGUGCCGGCUUUCACGGACGUCGAAUUCGUGAUUUCCAGCACCUCGCAAACGGCGCAUCCCAUUCACUUGCAUGGCUACACAUUUCGUGUGGUGGGCAUUGGCGUACUGGGCGCCGAUCGCAUCCAAAAUAUCGAAGAAAUAGAUCGUCGCACUCCAUUGACGCGUCGGGAGCGAGGCGCACCACUUAAGGACACUGUGCAAGUACCAGCCUACGGUUAUACUAUACUCCGUUUCUACACAGAUAGUCCCGGUUAUUGGAUUCUACAUUGUCACAUAUCCACGCACUCGGAGAUCGGUAUGGCAGCGGUAUUGCGCGUGGGUGUACAUAAAGAAAUGAAGACCUGCCCGGUGAGCAACUGUGGGCUCUGCAAUUCGGUGCUCUAAGGAUAACUUUAGUGGCAGUAUUAAUAUUUUGUAAUUAAAGAAGAGAUGUUCUUAUGCAUUUAUUUAUAAAAAAUAAAUUUAUAAAUAAAGAGACUCAAUUAAAAUUAAU